AUGGCUCUCUUACGAAUUUAUGCAGCGCGGGCUGCGCCGGUGUGUCGGCAAUACACUCGGGAUUAUUCCACAUUCCAGUCUGCCUGCAGACGAAGGCAGCUAUCAACACCUCUGUCACUUGCGAGCUAUCGUCCGCAAACUACUCAGCUCAUCAAGCCAAUACGAAGAAGCUCGACAAACUUGCAUUCAGGAAUUGCGGCAGCGACAGCGCUACAAGAUGGACCCUCGAAACCACUUCCCGAUUACAAGCCACCGACCACCGGCUUUCUGUCAUAUCUGCCCCAGAAAGCUGUUCCAUACGGCGAGCUGAUGAGGUUGGACAAACCGGCCGGUACAUACUACCUCUUCUUUCCUUGUAUGUUCAGCACACUUCUCGCUGCAACGAUGGCCACCCCUCUCGCUGCACCGUCCGCAGUUAUCGGCACAACAGCCCUCUUCUUCACGGGAGCUCUCGUAAUGAGAGGUGCCGGAUGCACGAUCAACGACCUUUGGGACCGGAACCUCGAUCCAUACGUCGAACGAACGCGAUUACGUCCCAUAGCCAGACGAGCAAUCACACCCCAGCAGGCUAUUGUCUUCCUUGGAGGACAGCUUACGACCGGUUUAGCCGUCCUUCUAUCACUCCCAUUCGAAUGCUUCUGGUACGCGACACCGUCACUUGUUCUCGUUACGCUCUAUCCUUUGGCAAAACGAGUGACAUAUUAUCCUCAAUUCGUCCUCGGUCUUACUUUCUCAUGGGGUGCGAUGAUGGGCUUCCCGGCGCUGGGUGUCGAUCUGUUGGCAAAUCAAGCAGCGCUCACUGCGGCAGCUGGUCUUUAUGCUAGUAACGUUGCGUGGACUGUUCUGUACGACAUGAUCUACGCACACAUGGAUAUCAAAGAUGAUGUCAAAGCGGGUAUCAAGAGUAUUGCGCUCAAGCAUGAGAAAGAGACCAAGAUGGUGUUGUCGGGUCUGGCUGUCGUUCAGCUCGGUCUGUUAUCCGCUACCGGGGUCGCAGCAGGCUUAGGACCGGUCUACUUCGUCGGGUCUGUCGGGGGAGCAGCAGUCACUCUGGGCACCAUGAUUCGACGUGUAAAGCUGAAGGAAGUCAAGAACUGUUGGUGGUGGUUCGUGAAUGGUGCAUGGUUUACUGGCGGAGCGAUCAGUUUGGGUCUCGCUGGAGAGUAUGUCGCGCACCUCUUUGGUUGGUAUGGGGAUGUUGAAGAGGAGAAGAAGUCUAUUGCCAUCUGA